GGAAGGCCGGAAGGCCACAUAUCAAAUGAAUCACGUCCGGUCACAACGAGAAUCGCGUGUGUGCACUGCGGUGUUUAAGAAUCGGGUCUGCUGCGUUUAACACCUUUGUUUGCACGGACAUUGUGUGUAGUCAGAGACUUGAAAGUUGAAGGCUUUUGGACACGUGCGUGCAUUGUGUUUUUACUAUCCAACCUAGUAAAAGCUAGCCGUUAUUCUUUUAGAUUUUUUUUUAUGUUGUAGGAAAUUGUUUUCUAACCCUAACUUUUUUACUUACAUCGUCCUUCCAGCACCGUUUUAACCUCGACAUCAAUACGAAACCCAAUAUGUUGUAGUCAAGUCUAAGAAGGAUGUAAAGUCAAGAGUGUUGUAGUCAAGAGCAAAAUUCGGUUCAAUUGUAAAGCAAUUUCUUUUGAAAUUUGUUUGCGUCGUAGCAGUGCCUUGUCGGUUGUGCUGUGUUUCUCCGUAGGACCGUUGAUAGCCUAUUGCACGUGUUAUUAACGCUGCUGUGUAAUCUGCAUUAACGUCUUGUCUCGUUCUGUUUUAGAUUGCCGAGGGGCCCCUUUUAGAAACUGAUGUCCACAUUCUUUUACAGGUUAACCAAUAAGGUAGAAUCUAGGUCCUUGCUCAACUGCUCACAAGUUGAUAUCUGUUGGCCUUACGCCGAAUUUGGUGGACGAUCAGAUGACUUGUAAAAAAAAACUUGUUUGAGGAUGAGUCCUAAAUUGGCUGUAUAUAUCAGCGUGGAAAAAAAUAAGGGCAACCGGCACACAUUGGAUAGGUGUCGACUGGGCUGCAGGCUGCUCAUUUUUUCGUUGACACGAUUAUAUUUUGGAAGUAGAUAUGAAUUUGAGUGUAUUGAUUAUCAGCUCUAUCCUUGCGGGCGAUAUCGUUUGCGGUGUAGUAGGUGACGUUGGCACAACCCGGUUUCAUUCUAAUUUGGGGCGAAAUUUAUCAGUUGGGUCGCUGCGCCAACAGAAUAUUUUCGAACAGCCGUGGAUGAGCAGUUUCUUCAACUUCUUUGCACCAUUCAUCAACAGUUUCAACGCCAUUCGCAGACCCAAUCCCGGUAGAAACUAUACACAGGCGGACUUUACGAGUUGUCAGGAUCCCGACGGUCUGAUAGGCAACUGUCUACCCGCUACAGUUUGCAAAUCAUACGGCGGCCGCCCAAGUGGUUCUUGCAGAAUCGCAGCCGUUUGUUGCAUAAAUUUAAUUUCGAAAUGCGGAGAGAAAAUGACGUUAAACAACACGGAAUGGAGAAAUCCUCCUGGGGUGAGCUCAGAUAGUUCGUGCAGUCUGAUUAUUGCGCUGGACAGGGAUCUUGUCGAACAAAGAGGCCCUACAUGUCAAGUUCGCUUGGAUUUCAAAACCUUCGCCAUCGCGCAACCUAAUGCAUCUACUUCACAGUGCGAUACUGGUUAUUUCCAAGUGGGCGGAGUCGUAAAUGACGUGCCCCUUUUGUGUGGUGACAAUGACGGACAACACAUGUAUUUAGAGGCACCUUCGUCAAAAUCUGAUUUGCUGUUGUUGUUCAAAUUCGGCGGAUCGACCCUCAACCCGAAAUGGAAUAUCACAAUCUCCUUGAUUCCAUGCGGUUCAGAUCUCAUCGCUCCAAGAGACUGUCUACAGUACUUCGUCAAAGGUUCCAACACCGUCAAGUCCUUUAAUUGGAAGGACACGACCGGAACGCGCCAGUUGAGUAAAAUGAAUUACAAAAUAUGUUUCCGAAAUGAACUCGUUAAUAACCAGAGAGCAACUAGAAUUUGCUAUACUCAGUGUACGACACAAGCUGGUGGUCGUAGUUUUCUACUCAGUGGCCCUCAGACGGGUAAUCCUGCGUCCAAAAGCGGCGCAAUUAAUUGCCCACACAAUUUCCUUCUCAUCCGCAAUGGAUUUAAUCCUCUGCUGCCUGCCGCUGUUUACGCCGAUCGAUACUGUGGGGGUGCUCUUAAUCCUGCUGCUUUUGAGGCGCCAGCUGUUACAGUUUGCUCAACCACCAAGGAUUUCAAUAUCAUUUAUUAUACGAAUGACGCCGAGGAUUCUGCUUCCCAUGAAGACGGAAAUGCCGGAUUUUGUUUAGUUUUCGAGCAAAUAUUGGCUUGAAAUGAAAACUUAUCUAAUUAAUUAACAGUCGCAAAGGUUUUUCGAUUGUUUUUCAUGAUUUUAUAUAUUUCUUGGAAUGAAUAUUUAUUUUAACGGUCUUCAAAUUCA